GAGUAUUGAGGGGCGGGGCGGAGGUGGAGAUCCGGAUCCGGAGCGGCUGAAAGGCGGAAGUGGAGGCCCGAGCCUGGGACACCGCCGGGGGGGAGAGAAGCGGAUCCCGUCCGAGCCCCGGCCCCAAGUAACGCCGCCGUCCCGGAGCCGCCUUGGAGGUCCCCCUCCCCACUAAGUGCCUCUUUGCAUAGCACCAGUCCCCACCCGCACGCUCUCUGGACCACUACAGCUGGACGGGCAAUGGCGGGUCGGGGAGGCGCAGCACGACCCAAUGGACCAGCUGCUGGGAACAAGAUCUGUCAAUUUAAGCUGGUUCUGCUGGGGGAGUCUGCGGUAGGCAAAUCCAGCCUCGUCCUCCGCUUUGUCAAGGGACAGUUUCACGAGUACCAGGAGAGCACAAUCGGAGCGGCCUUCCUCACACAGACUGUCUGCCUGGAUGACACAACAGUCAAGUUUGAGAUCUGGGACACAGCUGGGCAGGAGCGGUACCACAGCCUGGCCCCCAUGUACUAUCGGGGGGCCCAGGCCGCCAUCGUGGUCUACGACAUCACCAACACGGAUACAUUUGCACGGGCCAAGAACUGGGUGAAGGAGCUACAGAGGCAGGCCAGCCCCAACAUCGUCAUUGCACUCGCGGGUAACAAGGCAGACCUGGCCAGCAAGAGAGCCGUGGAAUUCCAGGAAGCACAAGCCUAUGCAGACGACAACAGUUUGCUGUUCAUGGAGACAUCAGCAAAGACUGCAAUGAACGUGAACGAAAUCUUCAUGGCAAUAGCUAAGAAGCUUCCCAAGAAUGAGCCCCAGAAUGCAACUGGUGCUCCAGGCCGAAACCGAGGUGUGGACCUCCAGGAGAACAACCCAGCCAGCCGGAGCCAGUGCUGCAGCAACUGAGCCCCCCUUGCCUGCCCGCUGCCCCCGCCUCCUCCGCCUGAAGGACCCGACUGGAAUCCACUCUAACCAAUCGCACUUAACGACUCGGGCCACCACUUGGGGGGGCAGGGGGAGGGGUCCACCAUGAUUUCUCCAUAUAAUUUUGAUCAUAGGCCGGAGUGAGUCAUUCCACCUGCACCUUUCUGUACAAAUACUAAUUCAAUUUUAAGUCUUAAGUCACUUUUUUAAUAUAUAUGAUCUUCUGCUCUUCCCACUUCGUCCCCUUUCUACUGCUCUCCCAUUUUCCCUUGCUGGGAGUAGCCACAUGCUCUUGUCCCCCCACCCUUGUAUAUGGGGACAGUGGGGUCAGUGCAGCUACCCUUUCUUUCCCUCCUGCGGAACAGCGGACCCAGCAAGAGCAUCCACAUCCUCACCUUGUUCGGAGUGGUCUUGGGUUUGGGCGGUGGGACAGACCUUGGGAAGGGGCUUAGGAAGGGAGAGGCAGCUCUUCCUUCAGCUGGCUCUCAUCAGGCUGCAGCCCCUUCCCCGCCCCCAACUCCCUGCUGGGAAACCACAGCAUUAUCACAGCAUUAUUGUGACAGCCACGAACCCAUUGCCCACAACCCCUCCACCCUUGGUCACCCCGCCCUCUGGCUCUGAGCCCUGUUCUGACCAAAUCAUGAUGAUGAGUAUUUGGGGGUGGGUGGGUAAGGGGGGGAGUGGGAGGGGACGGAACCAACUUUUUCUGUAUUUUGUAUUGUAUGUUUUCUUCAACAUGUAACCAAUCAGUAUCUUGUCAAUAUAGUCAGCCGAUCGAUCGACCUCA